AUGAGACAUCUGAGGUAUCAACAGGUUCAAAAGAUUCUAUCGGUGAGAAUCGGCCUGGACUCUUCUAUCAUCCCUUUAAAACAUAAAAAUUUAUACCUCAUACAAUCAGUAGAUUUCUUUUAUCCUCUAUGCGAUGACGCAAUAUUAAUGGGACAAAUAGCAUUCAGUAACAUUGUCAGCGAUAUUUAUUCAACAGGAGUUGUUAAUAUUGAUGAAGUGAAAUUGAUUUUAAGCAUUCCCAAUGAGCUAGCAGAAGAUGAACGAAUGGAAGUUUUAAACGAGAUCGUCAUUGGUUUUAAGAAAUCUGCAAAGCUUGUAAAAUGUCGGCUUACUAUCGAAAGAAUAAAUGAAAAUCCUUGGUGUAUCAUUGGCGGAAUUGCGACAUCUGUUUGCGUAAAGGAUGAAAUAAUAUUCCCAACGAAAGCUAAACCUGGUGAUAUAAUAAUUCUUACUAAACCACUUGGAGUUCAACUUGCCACAAAUGCAUCAAUAUGGAUGGAAGAAGAUUCAAAUAAUUGGAAGAAAAUCAGUGAAAAAUUGACUCGGGAAGAUAUCAUGGAAAUGCAGAGAAAAGCUGUGGAAUCAAUGACAACAUUGAACUAUCUUGGCGCACAAUUAAUGCACAAAUAUCAAGCGCAUGCUGCAACUGACGUUACAGGGUUUGGAAUUACUGGUCAUGCUGAAAAUCUUCUACUUUUUCAAGAAGAACCUUUAGAUUUUAUUCUUACAAAAUUCCCAUACAUUAAGAACGUAAAGAUAAUUGCAGAAAUUUUAAAUCAACAAAAUAAAUUAAAUAAUGGAAGAAUGGUUGAAACAUCUGGAGGAUUAUUCAUCUGUUUACCAUCAGAACAAGCUCAAAGUUUCUGCAAUGAAUUUAAGGACACAUCAGGCAGAGAUUGUUGGAUUAUUGGACAUGUUGAGCAUGGCACAUCAAAAGUUAUCAUCAAAGAUCUAAAAAUUGUUGAGGCAUAAAUUUUUAAAUGUUUUUAUCGAAAUUUAUCAAAUGUAUGAAUGAUGUUCACUAAACGUGUAAACGCGUGCACAUCAGAAUGAUCUUUUUGAUAAAUAAAAAAUUAUUUCUAUAGAUAGAUUAUAAAUUUUUAUUGAUUCACUG